CCGACGGCCCCACAGCUGUUUCGCGGAGUCAUGAGCACAAACCACUUUUUAUAAUCAAAUUAGUGGAUUUAAAACGAUAGCUAUCCUUUGGCCAGAGGAGCAGCCAAGAUGCAGCGAGUCCAGACGGACCAGAAGCCAGCCAGGGCGCACUCUCACCCACAUGCGCAUCCGCAUUCGCAUAAUUUGCAGCACUCGGAGGAGAAAGAGCACAAUAGCAAUGAGACGACGACCACAUCGAACGCUCGGAUUGCGGGGAGUAGUAGUGCCACGCCCGUAGGGGCAGCGGGCGGUGGAGCGAGUGGAGCCCCCACACCUCCCAAAAGUUUGGCCCUCAAUCAGAACCAUCACUAUGCCCCCGGUUCGGAUACAUCCGGGGAACAGGAGGAGGAGCUGCUGGAUUCGCGCUAUGAGUGCGCCAUCUGCAUCGAUUGGCUAAACGAACCGGUGCUGACCUCCUGCGGUCAUCGCUUUUGCCGCAGCUGCCUCACCGCCUGGAUGCAGAAGAACAACCAGUGCUGUCCGAUGGACAACAAGCGCCUGUCCGCCGAGCACGACAUAUUUCCAGACAACUAUACACGUCGCGAGAUUGAGCAGCUGAAGCGCGAUUGCCCCAACUCCUCGCUGGGCUGUUCGGUGGUGGCCUCGCCCAUUGAGCUGCACCGCCAUCUGCCCAGUUGUCCGUAUCGAAGACAGCAGGAACCGCAGGAGGAGAAGUGCCCGUUUGCCAAGAUCAAGUGUGACUUUGUCGGUCGUCCAGAGACGAAUCAAUUGGAGGAGCACCUGAAGGCCGACAUGCCGCACCACAUGCAGCUCAUGUUGCAGGCCUUCCAGCAGACGGCCAUUGCCACCUGGCAGCCGCACAAGCCGAGCACAAGUGGCAGCGCCACGGAGAACGGACAUGGACAGCAGCAGUCGCAGCAAUUGCCGCCACCGCCGCAGUAUGCCAAUGGCGUUGAUGAGCAGAUCGUGCAGACCAUGUACCAGAGGAUUGUGGUGCUGGAGCAGCGAACCCGCGAACAGGAAACCCGACUGGAGAACCUACAGAAGCAGCUGCGAGUGGCUCGCCAUCAGGCGCCCGUGGAUCCGCGCUACAGCAACGGCACGAUUGUGUGGCGCAUCGAACAACUUGGCGCCUUGGUGGCCCGCCUGCGGGCCAAUGCCAACAACCAGGUGUACUCGCACGAGUGCUACACCGCGCCGCAUGGCUACAAGUUCUGUGCGCGGCUGAACAUACAGCCGCGGAAGCCGCAUGUGCUCAGUUUGCAUGUGCAUCUGAUGCAGUCGGAGAACGACUACCACUUGGACUGGCCCUUCAAGGGACGCAUCAAGCUGUGCAUGGUCCACCCGACUGAUGCCACUCUGUCGCAGCACGACACCAUCAUGACCAAGCCGGAGAUAAUGGCCUUCCAUCAGCCGCGCGAGGCGAUCAGCACGCGGGGCUUCGGCUUCCUCGAGUACGCCAACAUAUCGGACAUCAUUCAGCUGGGAUUCUGUGCCGACGAUCGGCUGCUUAUCAAGAUCGAAAUCAAUAUUGUCUGAGCUGGGAAUAAGGCAAGUGGAAGUCUUCCGAUUACGCUACGUUUACACAAAAGGUGGAUCGAAUCAUAGGGCCCCAAGGUAAUCAGUGCAACUAAAAAAGACAACCAAUAGUUAGUCAGAAAAGAGAGUAACAAAACAUCGCAUGCUUAGACAUUCCCGCCAAUAUUUUCACGCCUUAACUUAUGUUUGACUCCCUGAAAUUAAGUAAAUAGCGAAGAUAACCCAGAUAAUUCCUUCUCAGUAGAGUAUCAUCUAAUAUUUGACCUAUUAUCCUCAGAGCAUAACAAUUUGACCUAUUAUUCUGUUUAAAAUUAGUCGAUCCACUUUAGUGAACACGUACGCCAACGUAAAAUAUGCAAUAACCAAUAGCCGACACAUAUAUAUUUUAUAUAGAACUAUAUAUAUGGUAUACAAGCGACCGCUAAAUAGUCAACGUCAAGCAGGCAUCACAUUGAGCAAUUUUGAUGAUAAUCAAGUACUAAUCGAUAUUAUCUAUCCUAGAACUACUUCUUAUUCCUCAUUUAAACUACUAGUUCACUUAUGCAUUCCUUAGCAAUUAAAUGUCGUUACAGAUCGCGCAAAAGGUUGGGGAAACUAGGUCUAUAAUUAGAGAUUGCAAUCUGACUCGGAUUUCCCCGUGAUCGCUUAUCAAUGCAUUUGAAUACCUAAUUAAUCUUAGUUCUCAAAACAGUCCCUUCAAUUUGAUUGAAUUUACAACUAUUAACUGAGUACGUCCAUUCGACAGAAAUGUCGUUCUAUUUUUUUUAUGGCUAGGUUUACUUAAUAUUCCAUUUACGUUUAUGAUAAGUUAAAACUCUUUAGUUAAACGUCUGAAAAAGCUAAAAAUGUACCUUUAUUUAAAAGACAACGAAGGAGCCAGAAAAUAUUUCUUCAUUUUCAACGUAAAUGCCUCCGUUUAUCAACUCCAAAAAUGAUUAGUUUGGAAAAAGACAAGGCUGUAUGUAUUAUUUUUAACCCAAUAUUUUAUAGUAGACCAUAACGAUACAUACUAUAUAUACUUAGAGCUAAGAAUCUCGGGUAGAACGCACACGGCGGCAGAGAUUAGGGCCAGUUUCAACUGGGUUGUGAUCGCUGGCUGGAUGGAUGAACCCCUCGCCAAUUAGGGAACCCCAAUAAAGGACACUUUUGUACCGCCAAA